AUGCCGGCAACUCUCCGCGAGCAGCGGCAGCGCUGCCGCUGCUCGCGGAGAGGUCCGCGAAGCCUGGGCGCGCUGAUCUCAGCGCGCGCAGGCCUCGGCAUGCCGGCAGCUCUCCGCGAGCAGCGGCAGCGCUGCCGCUGCUCGCGGAGAGGUCCGCGAAGCCUGGGCGCGCUGAUCUCAGCGCGCGCAGGCUCGGCAUGCCGGCAACUCUCCGCGAGCAGCGGCAGCGCUGCCGCUGCUCGCGGAGAGGUCCGCGAAGCCUGGGCGCGCUGA